UUCCCGGUUUUUCUGUAUAUCUCGGAUUGUCUGUUCAAACACUUCAAGGUCAAUUGUCGCUGCUAUGACACAUCGCGAGUCAAUACGGCCUGUCGUUACGUCCGAUCUAUGUUCUCAGGACUUCGAUUCUGUUGUACUUGUAGUUGAAGACGUGUCAGAUGCAUUCUCGUUUACGCCUCUUUUUGAAACGUUACAAGAAGCAUCACAGGUGAACCAGAAAUUCUCUUCAGAUGUCCACACCUUGACUUGUCGUUCUUUACCAUCUAAACGUUUGGUCGUUUCGUUUACUGGUCACCUUGAUCAAGACAUUGAUGAUGCUCGUCGAAUAACUGAAGCAUCAACGAAAGGUAUAUCUCA